AACAAUACUCCUCCAACUGAGAAAACGUGCCGGAAUUGGGGAGUCGCCGGCUUCCAGGAUUUCAUCUGCAGAGAGGUUGAGCACAUUGAAGCAUCGUCAUCGCCUUCAAUACGCUGUCGUAAGUGUCCUUCCGACUGUCGGCGGCGUCCUCCAUACUUUACGUUUGCUUCAGGGAAUCUCCUCUUUCCCUUGGGGUGAGCCGGAUUCUGCGAUGGAAGAGCAACUGCUCCUCCAAAUUUCUCCGGCGGAUGCUCGGGGAAGCCCCGGGAAGGAACAACAAGCCGCCGGAGUGGGAAUCCUUCUGCAGAUCAUGAUGCUCGUUCUCUCUUUUGUCCUCGGUCAUGUCCUUCGCCGCCAUAGGUUCUACUAUCUUCCAGAAGCUAGCGCCUCCCUUUUGAUCGGUCUAAUUGUAGGUGGCUUGGCUACAAUUUCAGAUACUGAAAGAAACAUCCGGGCAUGGUUUAACUUUCAUGAGGAAUUCUUCUUCCUCUUCCUGUUGCCUCCUAUCAUAUUAUAUCCUUUUCUUUUAAAUAUUUUUGUAUUCUGUGCAAGAGUUAUAUGUUCUGGUUUCUUUUUUUGAAACGAAUAGCAAAAGUGGUUUCCUUGACUUUAUCUUCUACUCAAUCAGGAUUCAGUUUAUCACCGAAGCCGUUUUUUUCAAAUUUUGGAGCCAUUGUGACAUUUUCUAUAUUUGGAACAUUUGUUGCCUCAAUUGUUACAGGCAUUUUGGUUUACAUCGGAGGAGUGAUAUAUAUCAUGUACAAACUUCCUUUUCUUGAAUGCCUGAUGUUUGGGGCUCUUAUAUCAGCAACUGACCCUGUCACAGUUCUGUCUAUAUUUCAGGAGCUUGGAACGGAUGUCAACCUUUAUGCAUUGGUGUUUGGUGAAUCUGUUUUAAAUGAUGCAAUGGCAAUAUCUCUAUACAGGACAAUAUCAUUAGUGAGAAGCAAUGCCUCAUCUGGACAGAACUUUUUUAUGAUCAUUGUCCGUUUUAUAGAGACAUUUUUUGGAUCGAUGUCAGCAGGUGUUGGUGUUGGAUUCAUUUCUGCUUUGAUAUCCUUUAAUGCCAUGGCUGUUAUUUUGAAGUGACUUUCACGUUUGUUCCUAGACUAUCGAUUGUCACUUUGGGUCUCUUUACUUUUAAGACAUACCAUUGCAUGCCCAAAAUGUCUCACAGAAAAGUUAACCCUUCAUCGUAUAAGGUUAUUUUGACCAAAAGAGCUAAAUUUGAAAUAAGAGCCCCAAAAUGUCUCACAGAAAACUUAGCCCUUCACUUAAGGUUAUUUUGCCUAUUAGAGCUAAAUUUGGUAUAAUUUGAAUAGUUGAAUGACCAAAAGUGGUUGAAUUAAUUUUGGAUGACCAAAAUGGACAUGUCACCACAUUCAAGAGACUAAAAGUGGUAUUAGCUCUUUUUUAGACACAAACUUAUGGAUAAUUGGGUGGAUAUGAUGGAAGAUGACGGAUCCAAAGUACUCCUAGUAGCACCAGAGAUGAAUUAGUAUUACACUUACGAGCUGGGUUUUGAUUAGAAUUGUUUUAGGUGUUCUCUCUUUGAUCUAAUUACAAAGUUAAGGGCUACCUUUUCCUUGGAAGUCUAUGAGAUUGCAACAUUAAAGUGACGGGUAAUGUUUUAGUUUUUAAUUAAAACAUUGCCAUGAUUUGUUUUUUGUUCGAUUUUGGAAUACAAGUUUUUUUAACUGUCCCAUUCACCUCAUUUCCCAAAACCUUCCUGGUACCUGGAUCCUUCCCAGUUUAGUGAUUUUUGUAAAUCCAUCUCAACUUGUCCCCACCUAACAAUCCACACAUUUGUUGAAGUCCGCUGAUGCCUUCUUAAUCUACAUAUCCCUCCAACACAUUGCUCUGAAUUCUUGAUAAGCUCAACUAAUCAUCCAGAGUUAGCUUGAUGUUCC